AUGCUUUUGUUACAGUGUUGUCACGAUUCACCACCAGCACGAUCCACGAUUCACCAGCUCUACGAUCCACCAGCAUCACGAUCCACGAUCCACCAGCUCCACGAUCCAUCAGCACCACGAUCCACCAGCUCCACGAUCCACCAGCACCACGAUCUACCAGCACCACGAUCCACCAGCACCGCGAUCCACCAGCACCACGAUCUACCAGCACCACAAUCUACCAGCACCACAAUCUACCAGCUCCACAAUCCACCAGCUCCACAAUCCACCAGCUCCACGAUCCAUCAGCACCACGAUCCACCAGCUCCACAAUCCACCAGCAUCAUGAUCCACCAGCUCCACAAUCCACCAGCACCACGAUCCAUCAGCCUCAUGGAGCCUGGAUCCGUCUCCUCCACGCUCCUGCAAAGCGCCAGUCUUCUGGGGUCUCUCCUCGCCGUCUGCGUCGCUCACGAAGUCAAUAUCCUCGACUCAAAGAGCGCACUGGGGGAGCCUGGCUGGAUUGCCUCACCACCUGAAGGGUGGGAAGAAAUAAGCGGGUACGAUGAGUUCCACACGCCCAUUCAGAUGUACCAAGUCUGCCACGUGAUGAAGCCCAACCAGAACAACUGGCUGCGGACUAACUGGAUGAUGCGCGGCGGUGCCCAGCGCGUCUUCCUCGAGCUCAAGUUCACGCUGCGCGACUGCAACAGCAUCCCGGGCAUCUCGGGCACGUGCAAGGAGACCUUCAACGUCUACUACCACGAGUCGGACAGCGAGCGCGUGUCCGGCAUCCACGAGAGCCAGUACGUGAAGGUGGACACCAUCGUGGCCGACGAGACCUUCACCGAGAUCGAUCUGGUCGGCCGCAUCAUGAAGCUGAACACGGAGGUGCGUGGUGGCCCCCUCGCCAAGAAGGGCUUCCACCUGGCCUUCCAGGAUGUGGGUGCAUGCAUCGCGCUCGUGUCCGUGCGCGUGUACUACAAGCGCUGCCCACGCACCGUGCGCGGCCUGGCCGUCUUCCCCGACACGGUGACGGGCGCCGAAUCUUCCUCGCAUGUCGAGGUGCGCGGGGCAUGCGUCGAGAACUCGGUCGAGGAGGAGGCGCCGCGCAUGUUCUGCAGCGCCGAUGGCAAGUGGCUCAUGCCCGUCGGGAGGUGCGUCUGCGGCCCCGGCUACGAGCAGGCGGUGGAUGGGUGCCAAGGUGUUUUGUGCAGCAGGAAUCUUCACGACGAGUUCGCAAAUAAGUCGGCCGCUCUCGUCUGGCACAGCCACCAAGGGAGGAGGAAGUGGAGGAAGCACCCCAAGUUGGGGUUGCUGCUCCGACAAGCCAACAGCUGCUACCCAAAGUUCAUUUAUUAG